UGGCUUCUCUCACUAAGAGUUGAAAUUCACUUCUCUCUCUAAAAGCAGAUUCUGAUUUGAGCGUCGGAGUGCUAACGGGCCUCCCUAGCCCACUAGGCGUCUGUUGGUGCAGGGUUCAGGCGCCUGUAGAGAGGAGCCACAUCAGAGGGAGAGGAAUUCACGAUCGGAGUAACGCGGCUUCAACAAUUGGCGCGCCAGGUAGGGGGCGAAUUGAUCGACGUCAGGCGCAUGGAGAACUUAGACGAGGGGAUUGGGGAGGAAGAUGUUACGAGAUCGGAGAAUUCCCACAUGGGAGAUGGCGGACGGCAGCCAAGUCCUGAGACACUCAUGGACGUGGAAGAGGAGGCUAGUCAUGUGCGCCUAUCGCCGGGAGAGGACGAGUCCUUGACGAGAAGGGAGUUGUUUCGAAUCAUUGCAGACCAAGACAGAGCCAUUGCGGCGCUUCGGAGGGAGAUAGAAGGGGGGCGAAGUGAAGACGUGAUGACCUAUAGCCCGGGAGUCAGAAAACGUGAGAGGGCGAGCGAGGAUUUAGAGUCUCUGCAAUACGGACUCCCGCAUCAUGCAGGUUUAGGCGCUCAGGGACGUUCGCGCGCCUGGAGACCACAAAUCCCGCCGCAUGCGAACGAAAUCGAAGAACCUAACGCUUGGGCGUCUAGGCGCCUAGAAAGGCGCUUUGGCGUACGACAACCGCUGGCGCGAAGCAUUUUGAUGGAGCCAGCUGGGACGACGAUACCACCAUUGCCCAAUUAUGACGGAGUGGCGGACCCAGAAGACCACUUGAAUAGUUACUUCACAAAGAUGCAGUUGUACAACAGCUCAGAUGCUACGCUGUGCAAGGUGUUCCCGUCCACAUUCGCGGGAGUGGUUUUGGAUUGGUAUCACCAGAUUGAGGAAGGGCGCAUAGAAUGCUUCGAGCAAUUUGCCGAGUUAUUCUUGGCCAAGUUUGCCAGCCGGAAACGUCGGACGCUGACCAUAGGCGCCCUGUUCAAAGUGAAGCAGAGAGAAGGAGAAGCGCUCAGGGAGUUCUACGACCGAUGGAUUUCGGUCGCCAUGGCGGUCAAAGAUGUGCAACCCGCAGUGUUGGGAGUCUGCCUGGAUGCUUGCACCAGCAGUGAAGAGCUAUGCCGAGUCCUCUCGAAGCGAGAUGUGGCGUCCACCGAGGAUUUGGAUCGAAGAGUGCAAAAAGUGAUCAUGUUGGAAGAAACGUUGGCGGCACGUAGAGCCGAAAAGAGGCGCCUGCGGGGGGACGAAAUGGAAGGGAGGCAAGCGCCUAGGCCGGCGAUAGGGAGUGGCAUGCCACCGAGAAGACCAGAUAUGCAGCGCCCUCCGCCAAGGGCAGCGGGAAACUUCACGGAGUACAACGACACGUUGAAAAAUGUCUUGCAAUAUGUCAAAGAUAGAGGGUAUCAUAUACGAUGGCCAGGACCAAUGCGUGGACAACCAAAUGAGAAGAACCUCGAUCGGUAUUGUGACUUCCAUCGGGACAAGGGACAUUAUACAGCCGAUUGCUACCAACUGAAGACCGAGCUCCAGACCUUGGCCGAUAAAGGGAUGCUCAAUGAUUUUGUUAGAAGGGGAGAGGAGAGGACGCAUCGCACUUACGCAGCAAGAAUGGCGGGACAAGCACGAACGCUGGAGGCCCAAGAAGCGCCUGGAAGAGUGGAGGCGCAACAAGAUCCUGACAUACCCCCACCGCCUUUCGAGGUUGACCAAGGUAGCGACCCCAACCGCGUGAGACUCACGGUAGAAUCAAUUACCGGCUCCCUAGAUUUGAGAGAUAAGUUGGAAAGGACCAGGCGCCUAAGAGCCGCAUCGGUGGAAGCAAAGGCCGCGGUGCACAUAAACUUCAACCAAGAACCUGACGAAGCGUGCCAAGUUCCGUCGGAGGAGGCGUUGGAGAUACAAGGGGUAAUAGCAGGAUGCAAGGUGAAGAGGAUGUUGGUGGACACGGGAAGUUCGAUGGAUGUCAUGUUCAAAAGUACGUUUGAGCGUAUGCAGUUGGCACCAGAUCUGGUGAGGCCUUCAAGUUCGGUGUUGAUAGGAUUUUCGGGGGCGCCCGCCUUGGUCAUUGGCCGGGUGCGCCUCCCCGUAACCCUAGGGGAUGAGGCGCAUUGUGUGACUCACUCGGUGGAGUUUGGCAUCGUGGAUUGUCCUUCCCCAUACAAUGUUAUUCUGGGGCGUCCCCUCUUGGCACAAUUCAAUGGGGUGGCUUCCACGUGUCACCAAUCGUUGAAGUUCGUGGCGCCACAGGGCAUAGGGAUUUCACGAGGAAGGAACGCCCCACGCUAUGCGCGGGAAAUUGAGCGAGGCGUUCGGCGACACCGGGUGAAUAUCAUUGACAUUCGACCUGAAGAAGCGCCCAGGGCCGAAUCUGUGGACGGAGGGUUGGUUAUAGCGCUUGAUGAAGGGCGCCCAGAACGACAGGUUAGAAUAUCCGCGCAGACCCCUGAAGACAUGAGGGUACCAUUGAUCGAGUUAUUGCGUGAAUUCGGUGAAUUGUUCGCUUGGAGCGCACAAGACAUGCCUGGGGUCUCGCCCGAAACGGCGGUGCAUAGGCUAGCUGUGGAGGAAGGCAAAAGGCCGGUUCAGCAAAAGCGUCGGAAUUUGACCCAAGAAAAAGAAGAAGCACUCCGUUGCGAAGUGGAUAGGUUGCUGGAGGCAGGGUUUGUGGAGGAAGCAAGAUACAUCACCUGGCUUUCCAAUGUCGUUUUUGUCCCGAAGCCGGCGGGAGAUUGGAGAAUGUGUGUGGAUUUUACCAACCUUAACCGGGCGUGCCCCACGGAUGCUUAUCCCAUGCCGCGUAUCGACAUACUUGUGGAUGCCACAGCUUAUCACGAGGCGCUCAGCUUCCUAGACAUGUUCUCAGGUUACCAUCAAAUCCCCAUGGCGGAGGAGGAUAGAGUGAAGACUGCUUUCAUGACACCCUUUGGUAAUUUCUGUUACAAGGUGAUGGCGUUCGGCCUGAAGAAUGCGGGGGCAACAUACCAGAGGAUGGUCAACCAAGUAUUCCAAAGGCAAUUGGGUCGAAACGUGGAGGUGUAUGUAGACGAUCUGAUUGUGAAGAGCAAAAGGCGCCUGGACCACAUUCGGGACCUUCGAGAAACUUUUGAGACCAUGCGCCGCUUCAAGCUGAGACUUAAUCCCAAGAAGUGUGUGUUUUUAGCAGAGGCAGGGAAGUUCUUGGGAUUCAUGAUAACGAGAAGGGGGAUUGAGGCUAACCCCAAGCAAGUUGAGGCAAUAUUGAAUUUGGCACCCCCUCGGACACCAAAAGAGGUGCAAGGCUUAACUGGCCGGUUGGCCGCCCUUGGGCGCUUCAUUCCUCGGGCUUCUGACCGGGGCGCCCCAUUUUUUAAGACUCUAAAAAAAGCCUCCAAAUUCAGAUGGACCGAGGAAUGUAGCAGUGCGUUCGACGACUUGAAGAAAUUGCUCACUUCGCCCACGGUGAUGACAGCGCCAAAAGCAAAAGAAGUGUUGUAUUUGUACAUAGCUGUGUCGCACGUUGCUGUGAGUGCAGUUCUCGUGUCCAGGGAGCCUCAAACGAAUGAAGAGAAGCCAGUAUAUUAUGUCAGCCGCACUAUGGUAGGCCACGAAACACGAUAUGCGCCCAUCGAAAAGGCCGCGCUGGCGGUGGUGAUGGCGGCUAACAAACUCAGGCCCUACUUCCAGGCGCAUAGCGUCGUGGUCCUUACAAAUCUACCCUUGCGAACCGUCCUGGGGUCCAUGGAUGUGGCGGGGCGCCUGGUGAAAUGGGCUGUGCAACUGAGCGAGUUUGAUGUGAGCUAUGCGCCUCGUCCCGCAAUUAAGGCGCAAGUCUUGGCAAACUUUUUGGCGGAAGGCGUGUCGGAUGGAGGAUUGGAGGCUGAAGAGUGUUGGCAAGUACAUGUAGACGGUGCUGCAAGUCGAGUAGGUGCGGGGGCGGGGAUCGUCAUCAUGAGUCCCUUAGGCGCCUUGCAUGAAGUAGCCUUACGCUUUGCGACCCUCAAGACGAACAAUGCGGCGGAAUACGAGGCUGUUUUGGCAGGGCUCCACAUGGCCAGAGAACUAGGCGCUCAAAAGGUGAAUGUAAAAUCCGAUUCUGCUCUAGUUGUCAACCAGUUGAAUGAGGUCUAUGAGGUAAAGGAGGAAUCGCUGGGCGCCUAUGUGAACUCCGUGCGCAAGAAGUGCGCCUGGUUUAGAGAAGUCACGUUCACUCAUAUACCGAGAGAAGAGAAUGCGCAUGCAGAUGCCCUAUCUAAGUUGGCGACGGCUAUGGACUUUGAGGAUAAUCGAACGGUGAUCGUGACAAAAGAAGUGCCACAUGAAGACGUGAUAAUGGCAUCCGUGUCGGCGGGGGUCGAAGAAGGAUGGAUGGCUCCAAUUUGGCUCUUCCUCACACAGGGAAUAGUACCAGAGGAUUCAAAAGAAGCAUGGCGUCUGAGGCGCAAGGCUGCUCGGUGCACCAUCAUUGACGGAGUGUUAUACAAAAAAUCUCACUCAGGCGCAUACUUGAGAUGUCUUACCAACGCCGAAGGCUUGCAAGCGAUUGACGAGGUGCAUCGGGGGACGUGUGGAAUGCAUGCAGGCGCCCGGAGUCUUGAGAAAAUUUUGCUUCGCCAAGGAUAUUAUUGGCCCACAAUACGGGCGGAUGCUCGAAGACACGUGGCAGCAUGUCACCAGUGUCAAAUUCAUGCCAACGACAUACAUCUUCCUGCGGCACCCAUGCAAGGGAAUGUUGGCGCUUGGCCUUUUGCUCAAUGGGGUAUGGACCUCUUAGGACCAUUCCCAAAGGCUCCGGGGCAGUUCAAGUAUUUGAUCGUGGCGGUGGAUUACUUCACCAAAUGGAUCGAGGCUGAACCAUUGGCGUCCAUCACGGAGACGCAGGUGCGAAAAUUUACCAAGAAGAACAUUUUUGCACGAUUUGGCCUCCCGGAGUCUAUUGUCACGGACCACGGGAAACAAUUCGAUUGCAAAAAGUUCGUAGAGUUUUGUGAUGAAAAUGGAGUAAUUUUGCGAUUCUCGUCCGUAGCCUAUCCACAAGCCAACGGGCAAGCUGAGGCAGCUAACAAGAGCAUAUUACGUGGAUUGCACACAAGGUUAGAAGGUGCGAAGGGAAGAUGGGUCGAAGAGCUACCGAGUGUCCUGUGGGCGCAUAGAACUACCUUCAAAGUUGCAUCGGGAGAAACACCUUUUGCCUUGACUUAUGGCAGCGAGGCCGUCCUACCUGUGGAAAUGCGAGUGCCAAGCUUCAGAAUGAUCCACCAAGAUGAGUCACUGGAUGUUCAGGAGCGAAUCGAUGAGCUAGACCUGUUGGAUGAGCGCCGAGAAGCAGCCGCCCUACGUCUGGAGGCAAUGAAGGGGCAAGUAGCAAGGUAUUACAACAAAAAGAUGCGGGCGCACGGCAUCGUACAGGGAAGUCUUGUGCUCAAGCGAGAUUUCCGCCCCAAAGCUACCGAGGGAAAGUUGGCACCAAAAUGGAAGGGUCCUUAUCGCGUCCAGGAGGUCAAUGGCCCAAGUACGUUCAAGUUAGAACAUCUCUCGGGUAAGAAGGUGAAGCGAACCUGGAAUGCGCAAAACCUGCGAAAGUAUGAGGUGGGGGAAGCAGGCGCGGGAGAUGGUGAAAGCGAAGUGGAAGUGGGUAUGAUGCCGGGGGCAAUGGGGUAGGCGCCUAGACUCGGGAUGAAAUGGAAGGACAGUACUUAGUCACAAAUCUCCAAGAGUUAAUAGAUUUCUUAGUUUCUCCAAAAGCGCCUUAAUGCGCCGUAGAAGUAAAGCGCCCUUCCUUAUAGCGCCCUUUAUUUUGUAAAGCGCCCUCGUUUGCGCCCAUAUUUUGGCAACAUCGGAUUAAUUAAAUAUGAAAUUGGGU